CGGAGGUGGGAGCGCAACUAAACUUCGGUGCUCCUCAAUGAUUAUUAGAAGUAACUUAGAAAUUGCUCAACAGUCAACAACGAAAGUCACCGGGUGAGUGAGCAGAAUACACGGGAACGGAAUAAAAGCCAAACCCUUGCAGUUAACUUAAAGGCAAUCGUCACAUCUCAAUUGAAUUUAUCUGCACAAUAUAUGAGUAAAUAUUCAGAAUCAUCUCUCAGCUGAUGGUUAACUAACUAUUGAACUCACUCCGCUUCGCUUUCUAGUUCAAUUUACGAGAAUUUAACGCGACUGCAGCUGCAACUUCGUCACUCUUUACUUGUUUAUUUGGAAAAUCAUUUAAGUAAGUAGCCUAUAAAUGCAACGCUGUUUAAUUUAUGAGAAGACAAUGGCACCAGAAACAAGGAACGGAGGAAGUUCUUCCCUGAAUAACAACAACAGUAAAGACAACAGCAGGAAAACCUUCCUGGUCGGUGUGGAUCUCUUCUGCUUGUUUUUAGCCGGCCUUCCUUUCCUGAUCAUAGAAACUAGUGCUGUACAGCCCUACCGCCGAGGCUUUUACUGCAGCGAUGAGUCCAUCAAGUACCCGGCCAAACACGGAGACACCAUAAGCGACGCUGUGCUUUCUGCUGCUGGCAUUCUCAUCACCAUCCUUUCUAUCAUCAUUGGUGAGAGCUACAUGAUCUACUACCUGAACGAGGGAUCUAAGUCCUUCGUAGGGAACCCCUACAUUUCCGCCCUCUACAAGCAGGUGGGCGUGUUCAUCUUUGGCUGCGCCGUCAGUCAAUCGUUCACGGACAUCGCCAAGGUAUCGGUGGGCCGCAUGCGACCCCACUUCCUGGACGUGUGUAGGCCCGACUGGUCCGCCAUCAACUGUUCUUUGGGCUACAUCACAGACUACCAGUGUAAUGGACCCGAGAGCAAAGUCCAGGAGGCCAGGAAGUCGUUCUUCUCUGGCCAUGCAUCCUUUUCCAUGUACACCAUGCUGUAUUUGGUGUUCUACCUGCAGUCCAGGUUCACCUGGCGUGGAGCCCGUCUUCUGCGCCCCCUGACACAGUUCACCCUCAUCAUGAUGUCCUUCUACACCGGCCUGUCCCGUGUCUCCGACCACAAGCACCACCCCACCGACGUCCUGGCUGGCUUCGCACAGGGAGCCCUGGUGGCCUACAGCAUAGUGUUUUUUGUAUCUGACCUGUUCAAGCCCAAAGGCAGAAGUUCAGCUCUACCAGUGACCCCAUUAAAGCACCCCAACAACCCCACGGCAGACAUCAGAGAGAGGAGCAACCACAUCACCAUGGCAUAGUAGAGACCAGUAGAGUACAGCUACCUGUACAGCUACCUUCCGCUGUAGGUUUUAAACAUCCUUUAUUUCACCUACUGGUCUGUACUGGAUGUGUUAAACAACCAGCGAAAGCAGCAAGACUGCUGACCGACAUGUCUGCAAGGCACAGAGAAAUAAUGAGCUAUGGAGAACUUACUUUGGAAAGAAGAGGAAAGACACACACACACACACACACGCACACAAACAACACACACACGCUGUUUGAACAGCCAGCAACAUCCAUGUUUCUCACCAUCUCAUCUGACAUGUGAAUGUGGAAGAGUUUGGGGAGAGGAUUCAUAUUUUGCUUUAAUUACCCAAGGUCUCUACAUCAAACCUGGUGCUUUGCAGAUUAACUGUAUCUUUAUCUGCAGACAAGGAAGUUUCACAGACAGAAUCAUGAAGGAAGGAGAGAAGGAAACGAACAGCUGUGGAACGUGAUAAUGUCCGCUUGGCUUUAGGCACCAUGGAGACUGGCUAAUAAUACCAUCACACACAUACUUUGUGCAUAUGAGAUACAAACUCAUGAACAGGAACAAAUUCCUUGAUUACAGGAAGGAUGUUUUUUCUUUUAUAAAUAACCUUCGUUAUAAGUUCGAGCUAUAGCACUAUAUCCAAACUCAAUAUUUUACUUAAUUGUCACCACUUGAAUGAACUGAAGUGAAGCUUUUCUGUAAAGUUUUGUUUUAAAACCAGCUUUUAGGUCUCCUGAAAUGUAGUUUGUAUAGAAAUAUAUACACUGUAGAUGGAGACUACAGAGAGAGAGAUGUGGGCCUCUUUUUGCUGGUUGGGACGAGCCUCCACUGAGCCCUGUAAUGAAGUGACUAUGUGUGCCAGAUGACUGCUCACAAGUAUUAGGUCAGAGUAUUAGGCAUGUGUGUGUAUGUAUGUCAGUGUGCAAGUAUCCAAGUGUCAUGUCUAUACUGUGUGUGUGUGUGUGUGUGUGUGUGUGUGUGUGUGUGUGUGUGUGUGUGUGUGUGUGUGUGUGUGUGUGUGUGUGUGUGUGUGUGUGUGUGUGUGUGUGUGUGUGUGUGUGUGUGUGUGUGUGUGUGUGUGUAGACCGGGAACGUAAGGCUGCUUCAACAGACGUUUAUAUUAAAAACAGGAAAUCUGUGGAAUUAUACUUUCAUAGACUAGCGUUGUGAUCCAUUUUCUAGUGAUUUACAUAAACUGUGCCAACUUCAGAAAAAAGAACCCCUUCCCUGUGUCACUAUAGUAUGCUCUGUCCUACCAUGUCAUUGCAACCAAACAGCAUUAUCUGUUUUAUUUUUGUAAUGUAAAGAACAUUUUUGUAUCAGAGAAUAAUGUACAAUAUCAUUUACCUAUGUUUUCAUGCAAUAUCCACUAUGAAUGUUGACACGUCGAUACAUGUGUUAUUGUGUAAGUGCUGCUUAAAUAAGCAGGGAUUGACAAAAGUCAUUCAGUGAAAUGACAAUUUGUGUUGUGAGUAUUCAAACUUCUGUGAAAUAGCUUUCAAGAAGACAGCUUUAUAUUAAAAUACCUUUUAAUAUUUUUGUAUUGUCCUUUUUUUUUGUAUAUUGUACAAUGAAAAUAUAAACCAUAUGGUGUAAAUGUAUUAUAGAUGAUGUGCUUUGUAAUAAUAAAAACUAAUUAUUUUAAAAGUU